AUGAGUAAUUGGACAGUUGGACAGGUAUCGUUGUAUACAAUUUGCAUUCCAAUCAUUUUUGUUUUAUGUGUUUUGGCAGCUUUUUGUAAUAUAUUGGUGCUACUAGCACGAUUUCAAAUAAAAAAUCGAAAUGGAGCCUUAGAAUUAACAUUCUCUUUGGCCUUAUCGGAUAUUUGGACAUCAAUCGUUGUUGUUGCAUCGUUAUUUCUCAACUCAUAUAUGCCUGUUGUUUUGGGUAUAAACUAUACAUCUUUAUGCUUUUCACUUACCUUAGAGGCAUUUCGAACAGGUGGACUAUUAACCGGUCUUCUUCACCUGUCCACUUUAGCAGUUUUUCAUUUGCUAUCUAUCACACGUCCGUUCGAUCAUGACAAAUUGUUAAAUCAACAUAAGACUCGACUGAUAGUUAUUCUAAUAUGGUUUUUACCACCAUCACUUCUUUUAUUGUACUUUUCCGCUUGGCCUAAUCAAGGAUUUCGAGUUAAAGAUUGUUUGGUGGUCGAAUUUUAUGACAUCCUUUACUUUCGAAUGAUAAUUUCAGUUCUGAUUAUCUCACUUAUGCUGUGCACCGGACUGAUGUAUUGGAUGUUGCUUGAGAAGCUAAAUGAAUCUUUUGCAAAGUCUACAAUAACACGUAAGCGUCGCGUAGUUGUAGCAUCAGGCCUUAUUUUUGGAACAUUCGUCAUAGGCUGGUUGCCAGCAUCGUUACUUUAUAUAUUUACCGCGAAAGGCAUGCCACUUCAUCGUGUCAGAAGUAUUUGGUUGAAUAUAUUUGCUCUAACGACAUUAAUCCUAAUUAUGAUCAAAUCAAUCACCAAUCCGAUUAUUUAUGCAGCAAGAAUUCCAGAAAUUCGGCAUUUAAUUGAUGAAUGGCAAAAUUAUAUUGGAAUCAGCAAGAAUAAGGAUGAAAAUGAUAAAAGGAAUUGCCAAGAACAUGAAACAUCAUUUUGA